AUGGAGUCAGAGUCACUGAAUAGUGGUAAGGGAAUGUCUUCUCCCUACACUCUCCAGGUCAACCAGUCUGGCCCCACUGAAUUUGUGUUCCAAGUGUUCAGCACUUCCCCCAGGAUCCAGGCCCUCCUCUUCUGCUUCUUCCUCCUUCUUUAUAUGAUGAUUCUCUGUGGGAACACUGCCAUCAUCUGGGCUGUGUUCACCCAUAGCUCCCUACACACCCCUAUGUACUUCUUCUUGUCCAACCUAUCCUUCCUGGAGAUCUGUUAUACCACUACUCUGGUACCAUUGAUGCUCUCCAACAUCUUUGGAUCCCAGAACCCCAUCACAUUGGCUGGAUGUGGGAUCCAAAUGUUCUUUUUUGUAACUCUUGGUGGGACUGACUGUUUCCUAUUGGCUGUCAUGGCAUAUGAUCGCUAUGUGGCCAUCUGCCAUCCCUUACACUAUACUCUCAUUAUGACCCAGAAGUUGUGUGUCCAGAUGGUGGGUGGUUCCUUGAUCCUGGCUCUUUUUCUUGCCUUGCACCUCACAUCCCUGGUCUUUACUCUGCCCUUCUGUGGGCACCUCAGGGUGAUCAAGCACUUUUUCUGUGAUGUACCACCUGUCCUAAGACUGGCCUGUGCUGAUACUCAUAUUCCCCAGGCUGUGGUCUAUGUGGUAAGCAUCAUUCUCCUGACCAUCCCGUUCCUGCUCAUCUGCAUCACCUACGUCUUCAUCACCAACAGCAUCUUGCACAUUCGUUCAUCUGAGGGCCGCCAGCGAGCCUUCUCUACCUGUUCCUCCCAUCUUACAGUAGUCCUGAUACAAUAUGGCUGCUGCAGUUUAGUCUACUUCCGUCCUCCAUCAAGUACCACAGAAGAAGAGGAUCGAAUGCUUGCCUUGGUCUAUACCUUUGUAACCCCACUGCUUAAUCCCAUUAUUUAUACCCUUAGGAACAAGGAUGUCAAAAAUGCUCUGAAAAAAGUUGUGAGCAUGAAUAGAUAA